GGAUGAAUGAAAAAAAUCCAAAAAGUAAUGGGGCCGAAAUCCCCCUAGCAGCUCUGCCAGCACUAGAGAAUGAAUCCCUAAAAGGAAAAAUCCCAUUACCCCACUGGGAGGAGCUCCCACAUUCACAUUUUAGUGGCAUCGAUGGGACCCCAUCGCUGCAAAAUGUCAUGCUUCACUUUUUACGGCAAGGUCGGUUAUCUAAAGAAGAUGCAAUUUCUUUGUCAACACAGGCGGCGAUCUUGUUGCGAAAAGAGCAAAAUACGUUAAUGCUUCAGGGCCCUGUCACUGUAAUUGGGGAUAUUCAAGGCCAGUUUUAUGACCUUGUCAAAAUAUUCAGCUUUAAUGGAAAACUUGCGGAUAGCCAAUACCUUUUUCUUGGAAACUAUAUUGGUGGUGGUGGGUAUAGUUGUGAGUGUAUUUUGUUUUUGUUUGCUGCAAAAUUGGCUUAUCCAAACUCUAUUUUUUUAUUACGUGGGAACCACGAAUCCCGUAUGAUGGCCAGCAUUCUUGGGUUUGAACUCGAGUGUUCGAAAAAAUACUCUGCAAAAGUCUUCAAUAGCGUUAUGGUCGCUUGUCAAUAUCUACCCCUUUCUGCCGUUGUAUCCGAACGUUAUUUCUGUGUUCAUGGUGGGUUAUCACCGGACAUCUCUUCCAUUGAGGAUAUUAAUUUUAUUCAUCGUUUUAGAGAAGUGCCUACUAAGGGGGCGAUGUGCGAUUUACUAUGGUCUGAUCCUUAUUGGGAUGUUGAGAAUCCAUCUUCGGCAGGGGACGGCCAAACGGAUUAUUACAAGCCAGGUGCAGGAGUGUUUGAUAGGAAUCCAAUUUUUUAUGAAAACGAAAGGCGUGGUGUUAGUUUCCUUUUUAACUUUGCUUGUGUGAGGCAUUUUACUUCGGUAAACAAAAUUUUAUGCAUUGUGCGGAGCCACGAAGCUCAAAAUGAAGGUUAUAAGUUGUACCGGCCCCACCCUAAUACCAACUUUCCUUGCAUGCUAAGCUUAUUUUCAGCCCCCAAUUAUUGUGGGACCUUUGAUAACAAAGGCGCAUUUGCUCAUCUCACUGAAAAUAAUGUGAGCAUAAGGCAAUUUUUCUGCUCACCACAUCCAUAUGAAUUGCAAAAUCUUAAUGGUAUCACUUGGUCUCUACCUUUUGUCGCAGAUUCUUUACAGGGCAUUAUUUUUGAGCUUUUUGCUGAAAAGAAGUGA